GCAAACACUCGAGCUUUAACGCAAUCAAGAAGUCGUGAGCACCCCGACCCGACCCGACCCGACCAGACCACACCAUGCCCUAUCUGCUGCACCACUAUCUGGGCUUGCUCCUGCUCCCCCUGCUCUCUCUCGGGCUCUACAGUGGAGAUGAGGAUUACUAUGACUUCUCCGGAGGAGAGCUGCAGAACGAAGCGCACGCGUCUUUUUACAAGUGGAUUUCCAUCGCCAAGCAGAUGAGGAUAGACAUCCAUAGCGUCUGCGACGAGCAGUUUGCCCGGGACUUCCCAGGAAUGAGAAACAUGAGCGACUUCGACCAUCAGAGAAUUGAAACCCCGCUGCUCGGCUUCUCAGACGGGUGUCUGCCCUUCGAUUUCAAAGCCCAAAAAUGUGUGCAGCAGAUCUACACUGGUUUGCGGGUGUACCAGGCGUACCUUCCCUAUGUGGACAACGGCACAUCAGCUCGCAUACUGGAGAUUAAAGUCAGGACGGCCAGAUUAUUAGGUUUAAUUAAAGGAACAGGAAAUGUACAUGACGUAGAGGUUCACCCCACCUUCCUGAGGGAUUUGGUCAGCGGUACGCAGUGGAGAAAGAAGACGGUCACACACUCCAUUCUGUACAACUUCUUGAACUUCAUGAUUGUCACCAACAGAGCAAUCAACUACAUAAAGGCCAAGAAAUUAAUGAAACAUGGCGUGAAGGAAGACAAGUGGCUCUCAAAAUACGUUCACUGAGUCGUGUCUAAUAUUUAUUUAUUUAUCUAUUUAUUGGGGAUAUUUAAAAAGAAAUUUGGUUGCUAUUUAAAAUUAAGAUGUUUGAAGGAUAAGCCUGAGAUUAAGAAUUAGUCAAAUUGAAUGAACAUAUGAUGGGAUUGUAGUCUGAGUUACAUUAACUCACCGUGUAAGUGUUACAUUAACACGUCUGACUAUAUACAAGGUUAAAUAAAGCUUUAUCACAUGAA